AAGGCGAACGACAAGAAGCAGCGCCGAGGAAACACGUCUUACGGAACGCACCCGGGCAGGAUGGAUGUAGACGCAGCUCAGGCUCAGUGGGCUGGUCCGAGCAACGCCAAGAAAGACAAGACUGGCAUCACCUGCUACCAUUGCGGAAAGAAAGGGCACUUCAAGAAGGAAUGUCGCAGUCCACGCAAGGACUGGAAGCCUGUCCCAGGGAAGGAAGUUGCAACCGUCACUCGAGGAGCAAGGGUCACAGAGGUCGCAGCUGCCAACUACGCUGACGAACACACUGAACGAUACCUGAACCCUGUUCCCGAAGAAAGAACGCUGGAGACGGACGACACCGGAGAAGUCGCACCCCCAGCACACGUCCAGGAGACGGCAAGGACGUGGGGACUCCCAUUGGUCCAAGACUCGGAUGGACGAUGG